AAUAUCAUUCUCUGGUCCAACAACUCGAGGAAAGCGUCAAGAACAUUGAGUUGAUGGUCUCUCAUCUCAAAGUUGAACUUGACAAGAAAAAGAACAUAUCUUCUGAUGAUGGGUUCUUGUUGGUCGACUAGGUUUCUUGACGUAGAGAUCAUAUUAUUAGUUUAUUAGGUCUUCUUUAGAAGACACUACUAUGUUGGUCGACUCGGUUCCAACAACUUUAGGAAAGCGUCAAUAACAUUGAGCUGAUGGUGUUGUGUCUCAAAGUUGAACUAGACAAGAAGAAGGGCAAAUCUACUGCUGAAGGGUUUUUGUUGGUCGACUAGGCUUAUAGAAGCACGAAUGUCUUUUCAUUUUUCUCGUUUUUUGGUUUUUUGGUUUUUAGUUUUGCACUGUGAAACCCUAUAGUAGAUUUGACAUAAUCAAAAGUGUUUUUUUUCGUUCUGAUUUAAUCCCAAAAUUGACCCAACAAAUCGUUUUUUUCCAUAGCUAGCCAAAUUUUUCGCAUUUGUUUUCAAUCGUUUGUUAGUCUAUAAAAAUUAAACUUUAGAUUUUUUAAAAAAAUAAGUUUGUUUUUUUUAAAUAUUAUAUCAUUUAUUUGUUUCGAUAUAUUUUAUUUUUUGAAAUAUCAUUAAUUUAUGUUAACAUAUUAAAUGUCUCUAUUAAUCUUUUCGUAACCAUAUUUAAAUAUUUCUUAAAAUUUAAAAUACUCUACAUUUAAUAAAAUAAAAAAAAAUUCUAUCAUAUUAUGUAUAUUAUAUAUUUUCUUAUAUAUCGUCUCAUUGAUUUUGAAUUAUUUUUUUAAGUAUAGGUAAAUAACCUUUAUUUCAUAUAAAUAUAUAAUUUUAUAAAUGUGUAAUAAUUUUGAAUACUUAAAUCUGUAUAUUUUGAUAACCAAUAAAAUGAUUCAGCAAUUAUUUAAGUUUUGAAGCCAUAAUUUAUUUUCAAUAUUAAACUUUUUGGUAUUUAUUAUUUUGUAAAUAAUUAUUUGUUAUAAAAAUGUGAAAUAUGUAAUAGAUUUCAAAAUGAACAAUUCUAUAUUUAGUUACUACAUAAAAGGAUAUUGAGAACCAUUAACAUAUUCACAUAUGGUCACUUAUUAAACUAAUCUUAAAAAUUAUCUCUUAACGUUAAAAAUUUUUAGGUGUUGAGUUUCGGGAUAGAAUCUUGUUAACAUAUUCUCUCUCUGUUAGAAAAAAUCAGAGACGUGUAUGAAAUAGGAAGCAUAAUAUUGAAAUAUGGACACGUACCUCUUUAUCAAUCAUCAACAUCUCAGCGCCGAGAAGGAUGCCUCCUUUGGAAUUAUUGCGAGCUUCCCAGAAUGGAUUUAGCUUAAAAAGCAAUUGGGAAUCUCCAGGUGCUGGUGAAACCUUACUGAAGAAAAGUGGAGAACGAGCUUGGGUGGUGGUGACUGCCGUUUGAUUUGCCAUAAAGCUAGGAAUGGAUUUGAGGAUUUUAGCAAUAGAUUUUUUUGACUUGAGGAGGCAUCUUUAUGAUUGAGUAAGAGGAGGGAUGUGGAGAGUUAGAUGCUGAUUUGUCUGGAGGAGUAAUUAAGUAGCUUUAGUUUGUCAUUAUAGCCGUCGCAGACGUUAUACGGAGGAGAUAGGAAGACAGUGAGUUUUGGAAGGUUUUUUGUAGACGUCGUAACAAAAUUAGAUUGGAGUAAGAAGAUGGCAAAACAAAUGGGUCAUCAAAGCUAAAUGGCUUAUUUACGCACCACAUAUUCGUGGCCCAACAACUUAACAUUCAUGAUGACAUGGACAAAUGAUUGGUUGCGAAUAUUUUCGUUGACGUGGACAGCUUAAGAGGACUUCAUAUUCUUUUUUUAAUAGUGUAAGAUAUAUAUGGGAAACUAAUUAUAUCAUAUAUUUUGAAUAUUAGGAAAAUAAAAUCUAUGAUUAUAAUAGUUAUACUUUUUUGAAGAAAAAAAUAUAUUUAUUUUUGUAUAAUUAAGUAGUGGAAUUAUUAUUUUAAUUUUUUUAGCAAAAAAAGUAGUAGAUUUAGUUAAUUGUUUGCUCUUGGGAUUCUUUAAUCUUUAUAGGAAAUCUACAAAAAAGAUAAUAGUUAUAGUUUACUAAAAGAAUAGUAAAAAUAAAUUAAUUUUGGUCUAAUUAAGUUGUGGAUUUAUUUAAUUAGUUAUUCUUCAGUUUUACCCUUUCUGCACCUAGGGCUUUGAGAAGUUUUAUCCGAGCCUCCUCUAUAUAAACAAAGGGCUUCUUUACCACCGAACGUGACCAAGCAGAGAGAGCUUUUGAGAAGCUCGUCUUUUGCUCUAAUAAAGAAAAAAAAACUAGGGAAAGGUUUGGAAGGAUAUGAAGAAUCGAAAGCCGAGUUUUAGGUUUGAGAUAGAUAACUUCUCGGAGAAGAAAGCCAAUGUCAUAUCGUCUAAGACAUUCGAGAGCAGCGGAUGCGAAUGGUUUUUCGCCGUUUUUCCCAAGGGAGAUCGCCUUGCUGAUGGUCACCUGUCUUUGUACCUGCAAGUUGCCAAUGAUACAACGUUGCAACCUGGAUGGAAAAGGAGUAUUAACUUUUACUUUGUUUUUUUGAAUCAAUCAGGCAAAGAACUCUACAAAACCGGUUUAGGACAAAACAGCUUUUGCGCUGAAAAUCCAGCAUGGGGUUUCCAGAAGGCCUUGCCUCUAAGCAAGUUUCAGGAAGAAGGGUUUUUGGAAAAGGACAAACUCAUCAUUGAAGUCUACAUAAAUGGAGGAGAAGUUGAAGAUGUAUCCAACAAAAAGAAGACUGUUGACAUCAACGGUUUUCAAGUUUUUGCUUCUCAGGUUACUAAAGUGGGAAAGAUAUUCACAGAGCACCCAGACAUUGCUUUAGAUUUCAAACCAACGAAACAAGAAGUGAAGACAGCGUACAUGAAUGUCCUCCUCAGGGUCAUUAAAACACUCAAUAAGCCUCCAAAGAGCCUUUCAGAGACUAGACUUAACAAGGCUAGCAGCGAGUUGAGUGAGCUGAUGAACGUAGGCUUCAAGCUGGACUGGUUGAAGUUAAAGCUUGAUGAGGUUACGUUGGAGAGGAAGAAACCAGAUGCUGAUGGGUCUAAGGUCCAACAACUCGAGGAACGUGUCAAGCAUCUUGAGCUGAAGCUUGAUGAGGUUAAUGAGUCUCGUACCCAACAAGUAGAGGAACGUGUCAAGAAACUUGAGCUGAAGCUUCAUCAGGCUUCCUUUAGUAAGAGCUUAUCAGAUGAUGCCAAUGAGUACCGUGCCCAACAAGUAGAGGAACGUGUCACUAAUCUUGAGCUUAUGGAAGUGGGCUUCAAGCUCGCCUCUUUGAAUACAAAGCUUGAUGAGUUUUCUUUGGAGAGGAAGAAAACAGAUGAGAAACGUGGCAAGAAUCUUGCGCUGAUGGAAUUGCGUUUGAAUACGAAGCUUGGUGACUUGGAGAGGAAAACUUCAUAUGAUACUAGUGUCUUUGACUCUCGAAUCGAACAAAUGGAGAAGUAUGGCAUGGGUCUAAGGUUCAAACUGGAAAGCUUGAUCACAAAGCUUGAUGAGAUCUCCAAAGAGAGGAAGAAAGCUGAUGAUGCUGAUGGUUAUCUGGUCCAAAAACACGAGGAAAGCAUCAAGAACAUUGAGAUGAUGAUCUCGCAGGUCAAAGUUGAACUUGACAAGAAAAAGGACAAGACUUCUGAUGAUGGGUUUCUGCUAGUCGACUAGGUUGCUUGACGCAGAGAGAUCAUCAAGUUAUUAGUUUAUAUCGUCUUUUUUUUAGAAGACACUACAAUAGUUUUUUACCCUUUUUCAUUUUAAUGCUGCUUUCUGAAUAGACUGGUUCCGAACGUUUGCAAGCUUAGCUUAUGUUAUUUGUUUCGUUUUAUUCUUGCAAUUAGUCGAGCGUUGCACCUAUCCAAAAAUUUACAUACUUUUGUAAAACCUAAAUUAUAUGCUCAUGUGUUCAUAUACUUGCCAUGUUUAGUAGACACAUUAUACUGUAACAACUAGGAUAAGUGAAUUUAUUUG